AUGGAAAUUCCUACAUUCUUCACCCUGAACAAUGGCUUGAAAGUGCCAGCUAUUGGCAUUGGCACUUUCCAAGGGGAAGGGGACAACUCGAAAGUGAAGGAUGCCGUCAAAACUGCCCUGAAACUGGGGUACAGGCAUAUCGACGGUGCCAAUGCCUACGGAAAUGAAAAGUAUAUUGGCGAAGCAAUCAAGGAAAGCGGCGUCCCGAGAGAUGAGCUCUUUGUUACGUCCAAGCUUCCUGGACGUCUUGUAUGCAGGGCACAAACUUGGCAUGAACCAAUGGAUGUAGAAAGGGCCCUCGACGUGUCUCUCAAGGACCUGCAAUUGGAUUAUGGUAAGUCCGCCUCCUGA